AUGUCGUCCAAGACCAAGACUCCUCCUGGCUCAAUCUGCCGAUUCUGUCGUCGUCCUUAUAAGUUUCCCUAUCGGCAGGAAAUUGUGAACGUUCGUUGUCGACAUGCCGGUUGUUUGCGUUGUUUCUUGGGAUCUGGCAUCGACGUUACCGAUACUCCACGACCGGCUUAUCCUAUUCUUACAUGCCCUGAUGCUACCUGCUUGCGUUCCGCGACUUUCGACGUAAGGGGAAUUGUUUUCCCUGAUCAUGGUCCGUCUACUCCUAUCGUCGCGAAAAGUGAUCAUUCUGCCUCGCAGCUGGACGAUGACUCUUCCUCAUCCAGCGAAGACGGGGAUGCUGAGGAUGAUGAUGACGCCUUUGCAGAGGGUGUUGCGUCUCCAUCGGGCUCCAACGUUGUUGGCAGUGCCAUAGCAGCCGAGGCGUCCUUCAGCUCUCAAGAUCGCCCUACAUGUCAUGCAUUGGCUACUUAUACACCUACAGAUACAGUUGCACCCGCUACCGUAGCUGCUGCUUUUGUAUCCGAGGAUGUUUCUGAUGCAUCUACUUCCUCGACUCGUCCUACUGUAACUGCUUCCGGCACUCGCCGCUCCGCACGACUUCGCCUUUCCGUCAAUCGCUACCAGCCUUAG